AUGACCGAAAGCAAAGAAGAAAUAGAUUCCUUUCUUGCUUCUUCCAUGGCGGAGCUUAGCUUUGGAGACCGACAAAAGUAUCAAGAGGAAUUGCACGGUGUAGUGAACACUAAACCUGAAGAUUCAGAGCAAAUAUCAGCAUGGAUUCAGGACAUGCAAACCUACCUUAAGGAACUCUCUACCAAAGGAAGUGCGUAUCAAACAGCCGAGACGAUGGACUGGGACUAUGUCCAUGAUUACAAGUUUCAACUCAUGUUCUUAAGAGGGAAUCGGUACAAACCUAAGGAGUCGGCUCAGCAGAUAUUAUCCUAUUUCGAAAUGAAGAAACGAUUGUUUGGAGCAGAGAAACUCACAAAAGAAAUUACCUUGCAAGAUUUGGAUGAGGAUGACAAGACCAUCUUACAAACGGGGAGCUUACGGCAGCUUCCUUGCUACGAUAGUGCUGGAAGAACGAUUUUAUUAGGUUUGCCUGGGUUAUUAGAUGUCAGCAAACUUGAAAGCGACCUGAAGGCACGCUUUUACUUUUUCAUGAAUGUUUUGCAUCGUGACGAACGGGCACAGCUCAAAGGUGUGGUGGUGGUAUCCUACACACUUGGUCGUUUCAGGGAUACGAGUAGGGGGAAAGGGUUCGUAAAUCAGACCAAGCUAUCCAUGGCGUUGCCCAUCCAUUUUGCGGGACUCCAUCUCUGUUCGGAUGACCCUCUGCAAUAUUUAUUAGUCAGUGCCUGUCUCAGAAUAGUGCCAUCACAUCUAAGGGCCCGAUUCAGACUCCACAUGGGAAGUGACAUCGAAUGCCAAUACGGCCUGAAAGCCUUUGGCAUCCCUCCGGAAGCCUUACCUCCACGAUCCGAUGCUGCCUUUGUGGCGCAUGACUAUCACAUGCGAUGGUACAAGGAAUGCGAAUGGCGGGAAGCAAUGGCAGCAUCGGAUGGCUGCGAGAAUCUACCAGGCUUACCAAUUGAACCAUACCCAGCAGAUGUCUUGUUUGGGGGAAGAAGGAAUAGCAAUGGCGGAAAUCGUCAAUUACGAAUAUUGGUACGAAACCAUGCCAACCAAUAUGAUUCGGGUACCAAGGAGCAAAAGCGAGAUUUGGUAGAACAAGUCAUGCAACAAAUACGAAUUAGUGGUGGGCGAUUUCUGAACCUUGGGGUUGGCGAACCCGAGCAUUGGGUAGAGUUGUCAGCAGAGGAUGCCUGUAGCAAAGUUGCUCAAGCAUUUCGAAACAAUCGUCGACCGAGAGUGACCAAUGGUCCGGUGGCGUCGAAUGGAGAAGGUGCCGGUAUAUCGAGUCAAUUCUUUGGAUCGAAGCAAGCAGCAAAUAGAUCGCCAGACCAACCAUCAGAGAAUGAUGUUUUGUUUGGUAGAAAACGAAACAAUGAGGGGAAUAAACGAGUUCGUCAAUUGGUUGGAGAGCUGUCGACUGAAUAUGACAAGGCCAGCAAGGCACGAAAGACGCAAUUGGCCGAUUCCGUGGUUCAGGAGAUUCAGAAACAGGGAGGACGAUUCCUAAAACAAACGGAUGGGGAUAGCAGCAAGUGGGAAGAGGUCCCUGAUGAAUUUGCACGCAACAAGAUAUCCAAACACUUUCGAAACAAUCGUCGACCACCGACCACCAAAUGUUGA